UCUCUCGUCCGCUCACCUCACCCUCCUCUGGGUUUUCUCAGAGCUCCUCCACCCUCUCUAACUACGUCGCCGUCCUCACUCGCCUCCUCUCAGCCCCCUCCCCCUCGCUUUGUAGCGUUGUGGAUGCCUCCGGCCCUGUCUUGGGCGCGCAGAAAGGGCCUUUCCAUUGCUCCAGCUUCUGGUCCAGCUGCAUUGUUACGUCUGGCGUCUUUUCGAGCUUCGAAAGUUGGGGGUCUCGGCUCACCGCCGCAUCCACACGGUCACAAGCCCAGCUUGUGUUUGCCUCGCUCAAACUCCGUUCCUUUGUCGGAGUCACCGCCUUUAAAUUCCACCAAGUUCCUUGCCUGCUCUACUUCGAGUGACAAAUCACUACUCCACCCGCAAUCUCAUCGCCCGCUCUUCUCCAAUCCUUGCCGAAUAUACACAUUUCUCAAUAGAUAUCACCGCACUUACGCUACGACGUCCACUAUGACCGGUGAAGCUCGCCCGAAGCGUAAACAGAGCCCGGUCUCUACAUCCGAGAGACCAGCCAAGCAUUUGAAGCCGGAAUCGAACAUUCUAAGCACCAGCGAUGAGACCACCACGAACGGAGCUAUAUACAAUGUGGAUGAUGAGGAAGAUAUUACACCUGUGGUAGCGCUAGGGACAUCGCAGACGGAUUCUCCAGAGUGGCAAGCGACGAUCGAAUCUGUUGUGAAAAGCGUAGUCUCGAUCCAUUUUUGCCAGACCUGUUCAUUUGACACGGAUUUAUCCACAUGCAGUCAGGCGACCGGGUUUGUCGUUGAUGCAGAGAAAGGUUAUAUUCUUACGAAUCGACAUGUCGUCGGUGCGGGCCCGUUUUGGGGAUAUUGUAUAUUUGAUAACCAUGAAGAGUGUGAUGUACGUCCGGUGUACCGGGACCCUAUCCACGAUUUUGGAAUCCUAAAAUUCGACCCCAAAGCUAUCAAAUAUAUGGAUAUGACCGAGUUGAAACUGAACCCUGGAGGAGCACAAGUCGGCGUGGAGAUCAGAGUUGUCGGGAAUGAUGCCGGUGAAAAAUUAAGCAUUCUCUCUGGUGUCAUCAGUCGUCUUGAUCGAAACGCCCCAGAAUACGGUGAAGGGUAUAGCGACUUUAAUACCAAUUAUAUACAAGCGGCAGCUGCAGCGAGCGGUGGAAGCUCAGGCAGCCCUGUCGUCAAUAUUAGUGGUCAGGUUGUGGCCCUACAAGCAGGCGGCCGUGCAGAUGGUGCUGCAACAGAUUAUUUCUUGCCGUUAAACAGACCUCUGCGAGCACUCCAAUGCAUACAAGAAGGAAAGCUUGUUACUCGAGGGACCAUCCAAACACAAUGGAUGAUUAAACCCUUCGACGAGUGUCGACGCUUGGGACUUACCCCAGAAUGGGAAGCGACGAUUCGAAAAUUAGCCCCAAAGGAAACCGGCAUGCUAGUAGCAGAGAUUGUCUUACCGGAGGGCCCAGGUGAUGGCAAGCUUCAGGAAGGCGACGUGCUUCUAAAGGUCAAUGGCGAAUUGCUCACUCAGUUUCAUCGCCUCGACGAUAUCUUAGAUUCGAGUGUUGAUCAAACAGUCCGGCUGCUUGUGCAACGAGGUGGUCAGGAUUUGGAAGUAGAAUGCGAGGUUGGCGAUUUGCAUGCGAUCACUCCGGAUCGCUUUGUCACUGUGGCUGGCGCGACAUUUCAUGAUCUUUCCUACCAACAAGCUCGUCUUUAUGCCAUUGCGACUCGCGGUCUGUUUGUUUGCGAGGCAACUGGAUCUUUUAAGAUCGAAAACACAAUUUCUGGCUGGAUCGUUGAUACAGUAGACAAACGACCCACUCGAAACUUAAAGGAAUUUAUUGAGGUCAUGAAGACGAUCCCUGAUCGUGCGAGGGUUGCGAUUACCUACAAGCACAUCCGAGACCUUCACACUCGUGGUACGAGUAUUUUAUACAUCGAUCGCCACUGGCAUCCAAAAAUGUCUCUAGCUAUCCGUAACGAUGAGACAGGCUUAUGGGACUUUGAGGAAAUUGGUGCACCGAUACCAGCCGAACCCCAAGUGCCUCGAAAGGCUGAUUUUAUCAAGCUAGAUGGAGUCAGCCAACCAGCUGUGGCUGAAAUUGUUCGCAGCUUUGUUCGGGUGGCCUGUACGAUACCGCUCAAACUGGACGGCUUUCCUCAGACCAAGAAAACCGGCUUUGGUGUGGUAAUAGACGCUGAGAAAGGACUCGUGGUCGUUUCGCGAGCUAUCGUUCCAUAUGAUCUAUGCGAUAUCAAUAUUACCGUUGCGGAUUCCGCCAUCGUAACCGGAAAGGUUAUCUUCAUGCACCCUCUACAAAAUUACACCAUUCUUCAGUAUGACCCGAGCCUUGUCCAGGCACCAGUGAAGAGCGCUCAACUUAGUACAAAAAACAUCAAACAAGGACAAGAUACAAUCUUCGUUGGAUUCAAUCAAAACCUCCGUUUUGUUGUCGCAAAGACAACGGUAACAGACAUCACCACCGUUUCUAUUCCUGCCAACCUUGCCUCUCCACGUUAUCGUGCUAUUAAUCUCGAUGCCAUCACUGUCGACACAGGGCUUAGCAGCCAAUGUGCAAGCGGUGUUCUGCUCGGGGAGGACGGUGUUGUUCAAGCUCUGUGGUUAAACUAUCUUGGAGAGCGAACACCAAGUUCUCAUAAAGAUGUUGAAUAUCACCUAGGCUUAGCUACUCCUUCUCUUCUGCCUGUCAUCAAUAAAAUACAACAAGGCGAGGUUCCUAAAUUACGGAUUUUAAAUAUGGAGAGCUACGUCAUACAAAUGGCCCAGGCUCGUAUUAUGGGUGUCUCGGAAGCAUGGAUUGAUCGAGUUGCGGCCUCCAAUCCGUCGAGGCAUCAGCUGUUUAUGGUUAGGAAAAUCGACACACUCCCUCCGUCAUUUACACACGAAAAUGAUGCGCUGGAGGAAGGGGAUAUCAUCCUCACACUGAAUGACAAACUCAUUACACGAAUCUCUGAGUUUGACAUUAUGUACGAGAACGAAAUCCUCGACGCACUUAUAGUUCGAAAGGGUGAGGAGAUGCGCGUCAAAGUACCUACUGUUCCAACAGAAGAUCUUGAGACAGAUCGAGCAAUCUUCUUUUGUGGGGCUGUGUUACAAAAACCCCAUCAUGCUGUCCGUCAGCAGAUUUCUAAGCUUCAUAGUGAGAUUUAUAUUAGUGCCAGGAGCCGAGGGUCUCCUGCCUACCAAUAUGGACUAUCGCCGACUAAUUUUAUAACGGCUGUGAAUGGAGUACAAACUCGCGAUCUGGACAGUUUCGUUCAAGAAGUCAAAAAGAUACCCAACAAUACAUACUUUCGCCUUCGCGCGGUCACAUUUGACAAUGUUCCAUGGGUGGUGACCAUGAAGAAGAACGACCACUACUUUCCCAUGUCUGAAUAUGCCAAGGAUAGCACCUCCGAAUUGGGGUGGAAAGUCAUAACUUACCCGACAAAAGACGAGGCUGCAGCAGAUUCAUCCAAUCUAACAGCCGAAGCAAUGGACGAGGGGGCAGGAGAGGGAGCUAGUGACGUCGAACCUGAUGAACAGAGGUAGGCCAGUCCACGUGGGUAAGUGAUACACUGGUGCUGCUACUGCCUAUCCUGUUGUGAUAUAAAGAGGAAUCCGAUUAAAAGAUCUUGGAACUUGUACGAUGGGGCUACGCUUGUAUAAUGUAGUAUAUAGAGUAAUUACAAUCAUUGCAUUUGUAGAAAUGUUUGAAAUGAGCAUAUGGACGCCGUCAGUCUUAAUACUAGUGAUUUAUCGAUAGGUUGGUAGUAUUUAUCUGGUGUCAAUGGCAGAUCUUGAAACUAGC